AUGAGUGAUUCAGUGGCUACAAUUUGUGAAGAUAAUUUAGAUUAUAAGCCCAUAUGUGAUAUGGAAUUUCUUUCAGAACAAGCUGCAUAUGAGUUUUAUAAUGAGUAUGGGCGAAGAGCAGGAUUCAAUAUUAGAAGAGAUUCACAGAACAAGAAUAAGAAUACUGGUCAAAUAAUUUCAAGAGUAUUUGUUUGUUGCAAGGAGGGUUUUCGACCGAAAGAUAAGCAAGAUUAUUUAACUAAAAGUUCUCGGGCAGAAACAAGGACAUGUUGUAAUGCUAAAAUGAGCAUUAAGUUGAAUAAAUCCAAUGGUAAGUAUUGGGUUAGCCAUUUUAUGGAAUACCACAAUCAUCCUCUUGUAAGACAAGAAUGCACUCAUAUGUUACCGUCUCAUAGAAGAAUAUCUGCUUCACAAGCUACUGAAGUAUAUUUGACAGAAGAAUCUGGGAUUCCACUUAGGCAAGCAUAUGAGUUAAUGGGUAGGCAAGUUGGUGGAAGAGAAUCUCUUGGAUAUAUCAAACAAGAUCAAAAAAAUUACCUUCAGACGAAGAGGCAAAGAAAAUUGGCAUAUGGAGAAGUUGGAAGCUUACUAAAGUAUUUUCAGAAUGAAGCAUUGGAAAACCCCUCAUUUUUUUAUGCUAUGCAAUUAGAUUGUGAUGAGCAAAUUACGAAUAUAUUUUGGGCUGAUGCGAAGAUGAUUGUUGAUUAUGGUCAAUUUGGUGAUUGUGUGUGUUUUGACACCACGUACAAAACUAAUGAAGCAAAUCGUCCAUUCGGAGUGUUUGUGGGAUUUAAUCAUCAUCGUGAGAUUGCCAUUUUUGGGGUAGCAUUGUUGUACAAUGAGACUGCCAAUUCAUUUAUAAGGUUGUUUGAAACAUUUUCAGAGGCCAUGUCAAAGAAGGCCCCAAAAACCUUAUUUACUGAUCAAGAUGCUGCGAUGGCUAAGGCUUGUGCACAUGUGAUGUCUGAUACAUAUCACAGGCUUUGCACAUGGCACAUAAUGCAAAAUGCCAUGAAACAUGUAAACAGUUUAUUUAGGUGCACAUGUGGAGUUAGGAGCGUUUUAACACAAUUUAUGGAUUACUAUGAGGAGGAAGAUGAGUUCUUAGUUGCUUGGGAUUCAAUGUUGGAUGAAUACAAUGUGCGUGGACAUCUUUGGUUAGAAAUCAUUUUUGAUUUAAGGAAGAAAUGGGCAAUGGCAUACUGUAAGUGGUCUUGGUCUGCAGGAGUAAAAACCACACAAAUAAGUGAAAGUUUUAAUGCUACCUUAAAAGACUAUUUGAAUGUGGACCAUGAUGUGGUUCAGUUUUUCAUGCAUUUUGAAAGGGUACUUAAUGAUAAGCGAUAUAAGGAGUUGGAAGCAGAGUACGCUUUGUGUCAAAAGUUACCUAAGGUGACAAUACUUGUUUCAAUGGUGGUUAAGGCAGGAAAUAUUUAUACCAAUAUUUGA